AUGACAACUGAGUUUCCAGAAUUUCUGGGGAUUCAUUUCGAUGUUCUUCACGUUCUUAUGGUUUCACCCCUUAGGAAUUUAGUCUUGAUCUGCAUGUCGGGUGAAACCUUAGAUCGUGAAGAGGGGAUGGGGUAUGACGAUCAAGACAUGGGAACAGACGAACCAUCUACGGAGUUUGUAGUCGUCCGCCCUCUCCGAGGUAACACCCCGGAUGUAGGAGAGACAGAGACUUCCCGACCUCUACCAGCCGAGAAGGGAAAAAAGAAGAAAAAUGCUCCUGAGGUCGGCGAGAAAAAUGACGACCGUGAUAUCAAAGCGUCACGAUGCACCCGGGGUUAUCUGAGAGCGGUCCGGGAAACGUUCGGUAUUCCUGUAGAAUACGAGCUCUCUCUGGUCCCGGAAGGAAAAAGGUUGAACGAUGUUCCCCCGGCCAAUACCAUCAUGCUGACACUGGAGCACUUGCAGUCCGGGAUUCGGUUUCCACUGCUCGAGCAUUACAAGGAGUUGAGCCGUUACUUCGAGGUGCCCUUGUCGCAGAUUCACCCCAAUGGGGUUCGACACUUCUCUUGCUUCUUGAAGCUCUGCGAGAAAACCGGGGUGGUGCCUAGCAUGAGGUUGUUCUGCUGCCUGUACCUCAUGUCCCUCAAAGACCGGAACCAUUUUGCAUACCUGCGGUUCCGAAGCGAAAGGAAGGCUGUUCCCGGGGGGUUGGUCUCUGGGGUGAUUGAUUCACUCCGGGAUUUCAAAGAAGAUUAUUUUCAAAUCUCCCAUCCUUCGGCCUUUGAUGGGAUGGGUACCUCGUGGGUAACCAAAUGCUACAAGCCGGAGAAGUGGUUCCACAUCCCGGGACCUCUGGAGGAUAACGACAUCGCGGCCCUUCGGGAUGAUGCCCCCCCGGGGAAAAAAGCACAAGCUGAUGACUUGUGCCCGAAGCUUGCUUUUGACUAUUGGAAGAGUUCGGCGCCCGGUGAUGGGGUGAACAGCCUAGAUCUGAGUAAGCUAGCCGGGAAGAAAAGGAAGAGGCCGGCGAGCCGAAGUGUAGCCCCGGCUCCUGCUCCAGUUCCCCGAGCUACCGAGGAGCCAAAGUCACCUGCUGCCAAGGCACCUGAUGCCCCGGGUGUCCCUGAAGAACCCCUACGGGGUGUUGAUGCUGUCCCCCUCCGGGUUCGCUUACCGGAGGGGAUCGAGGUGCCGGUGGGUGCCAAACCGGUCGGGAACAUCCCGUUCGUGAACCUGGACUCUACCGAGACGGUGGAUGGCCCAGCUCGGGGCCCAACCAAUCCCCAAGGGGCGACUACCGAGCCUGCCGGCCAAAGUUCCAGGGCUCCGCCGACCCGAGUGCCUGAUCUGCCGGACAUCUCGUCGGGGUCGAGCACUACAGCCCCGGGUCCUCAGACCAUCACUCGAGCCAGCUUUGCCGAGUGGGUCAGCAGGCACAACGAUGGUCGACCAGCUACCCUGCAUGACCUGGUCAUUGCGGGCGACGUUGCUCGUGUGACCACUCUUCCUGCUGACCGAGAGCACUACAAGUCCCACCAGCCUGAGAAUUUGUGGGCUGUGGUUUCCUCCUUUUGCCUCCAGGCCUCGCAGAUGGCCUACAUGGCCGAUCAAAACCAGAGCAAGGUGGAGAUCGACCUGACACUGGCCAAGGACCUUCUUCUGACCGAGAAGAAAAAGGCCCGGGAAGCUGAGAGGCGGGCUUCCGAAGCAGAGAAGAAAGCUUCUGAGGGGGCUGCCCUCGUUGCCACCUUGGAAUCCCAGCUGAAGAGUUCGGAAGACCGCCGAGCUGAGGACCUCGGUGUGCUGGAGAAGCUGCGAGCUGAGGUGACUCAACUCGAGAAUGACAGAGUCCUGGCCCGGGACGAUUUCACCAAGCAGCUGGCCGACUUGACAACUCGGAACGAUCUGGCUUCUAAGGGUCUUCGGGAGACCGUGGCCGACCAGAAGAAGCAGAUCGAUGAGAUCACCCAGCGGGCUGAGAAAGCGGAGGCCGAGGUGAAGGAAGUCACAGGCCGGGAAGAGAAGAUCUAUGACGACUUCCGCCGCAUCCUCUAUGUCAGCGAGGUCCAGGCAGGUGAAUAUGUCCGAGGUCGAUUCGGAGCCGAGCUGGAUGUUUCCGACUUCGUUCUGGACAUCGAGGAGUUGGGUCGGCGGGCCAAGGAGCUGCCUGAAGAUUAUGAUGUGCCUGCCGACAUCGAGGACUACCUUGCCGAUGAUCAGGGUCCGAGCUCCGACCCCCCUAGAUAGUUUUAUCUUAGAUAGUUUUAUCUUGUAAAUUUUAAACAAUGUUUUCUUUUUGUAUUUUUGGAA